AGCAUUCAUGACAUGACAGGGUGAUUGAAUGAUGUCUUGUAUAUGAGAAGUCUCCCGUAGUCACUGGAAGACUCCUCCCUCCAGGCCCAACAAGGCAUGCAAUCUGCGACCCUCUAUCUAUCGGACGCGGUGUGAAGAAUGAGCGAGAACACCAUGGCUUCCUCACUGUCAGCCAACCUGGAGACUGCUUACAUAUGGGCCAGGGACUCUAUGGAGCAAGCAUCAAGGUUUCCUAUAAGAGUGCCUCAUCUUGUGAAUGCCAAGCAAGACAGGGCAGCUUUUGAGCAAGCCAAAGCAAUGGAACGCUUUCCUCUGCCACUGCCGCCACAACUUGCACAUGAGAUGAACCUUGGGCUUCUACAACAGCAGCAUCUUCAACAACAGCAGCAACAACAACAACAGCAGCAGCAACAACAGCAGCAGCAACAACAACAGCAACAACAAAACAGCCAUCAGAAUGAUAAGUCUCUGAGCAACCAUCAACAAUCCCCCAGCAAUGGUGCUAGCAUGCUGACCACCCAAUCCCAUGGUCAACCAGGCCCUAGUCAAGCAACAACCACUCGAGCCCCUACACCCGCUGGUCAAGGGUCCGGGAAGCGAGGUCGCAAACCAGGGUCAAAGUCACGCAACAGCCAGCCUGCACAUCUACACACAGGACUACCAGGGGAGGCUCGGGUACGACCCGGUCCGACCUUGGAAGAUAUAGGUGAGACACGGGAGUACAGGUGCAAGGUUUGCCCCCAGGUUUACUACAGUAAAUCAGACGUCUUGCUCCAUGGCCGCUCACAUAAAGAAGGCAAACCUUACAAAUGUGACGACUGCGGCAAAGCGUUCUCCAGCACGUCGUACGUCACGCAGCACAUGAAGGUGCACACGAAUGAGAAACCAUACCAUUGUACUUUUUGUGAGAAGGUAUUCAAGCAGCUUUCACAUCUCCAGCAGCACACACGCAUACAUACAGGAGAGAGGCCUUAUCGCUGUAACCAGCCAGGCUGCGAGAAAUCAUUCACCCAGUUGUCUAAUCUACAGCAGCACUGGCGGCGGCACAACAAGGACAAGCCGUACAAAUGCCGCGAUUGCUACCGCGCGUUCGACGAUCCGGACGUGCUGCAGAAUCACACGCAGUCCCACGAGAAUAACCGGCGUGAAAAGCGCUUCUCGUGCGGCGUGUGUGGAAAGUCUUACGUUCAAGAGCUGUACUUAAUGAAGCACAUGGAAAAACACCCCCAUAUCGUCGGUCAGGCGAUCAACAUCAUCAACCAUGUCACCAACUCGGUGACGACCAUCAACCCUCAUAUUAAUGCAGCGGGGCAUGCGAAUCCGCCUCCAGAGUUCAAGCCCAAGAAGAAGAAAAAGAAGAAGCAACAGCAACAGCAGCAGCAGGUUGCUACGUCAGGCAUUGACAAGUUUGACAACCCCAUGACGCUACCCCCCGUCAGCAUCAUUUCCAACCCCAAUGCCACCUUGGAACGCAACUCGUACAGCGUGCCCCCGCCAGCAGCCCCACAUCAUGAGGUAAGACAGGGUAGUGAGACGCCAGGGCCAAGUACCAGCAUCAGCAUGCAUUCCCAAGCCUCUCACCUGUCCCACACUAACGGCAUCAUGGCUAGCCAAGGUAUGGGGUUAGCACACAACAUCUCAACAACCUUACAUUCAGCCCUUCCACCUUUCCACAACCCUGCUGGGUUCCCCAUGUCAUUACCAGCAGGUGUUAACCCGGUAUUCUCCACCGUCUACAACAUGGCCAGAUGAGGGUCCCCAAGGUAACAUCUCUGUGGACAUAAGCCCUUCUGUCAGUCAGGCAACUAUGUCCACUUUCUCAUGCACAAACCUCACUCUUUUUCUGUGUAGAUCAGUGUAAACCUUAGCUGAAAACUAAGGUUCGAAUGACGACUCAAAUCAAAUGUUAUAUUCCAUAGGAGAUAUUUUUAUGACCAAUUAUAGCUUGACUGCAUUCAGUGACCAAAGUAGACUUGUCUAGUGUUUUGUUAUGUGUUGUAUUAAUUGUUAAUUUUGUUACUUGUUUUAUAUUUGUAAGUUGGUCUUUCUCCAUUAACAAAUUUAGGAAAGAUUCUCAGCAGAGCCCUCAAAAUAUCAGGUGACUGCUGUACUAAGCCAUUUCAAGAGAAAUUCAUUUCUAACAUCACUAACGAGAAUGACGAGACCAAAAGAUAAUCAGAGAAGAAUAUGCAGAUUUCUGGCACUCUGAAUCUCAAAUAAUCUGAACAAACACGUCUUCAAACUUCAGAGGAGAAUUGUGGUUUUCGUAAAUGUCAUCUAACCAUGCCAAAAAUUGUUCCAACUAUGAAACCUGAUGCAUUUCAAUUCAGGGAAAAAAUUAAUAUUUAUUUUUCGGGGGCUACUUUUCAAGCAUGCCUGCAUAAACAUAACACUCUAAAAUUGGUUUUGCAUUGAAGUCUAUGCAAAUUUACCGGGGCUCUUUUCUGAUUUUCGGCGAAUCUUUUGGGCAUUUCGGGGCAAAUUCGCCCUGAGCCCCCGUGUGAAUUUUUUUCACUGUUUCAGUUGAAAUUUCAAAGUUACAUUGAUCUUAAUCAAAUACCCAGCCCCACUGGACCUGCCUAGUUAGCUUACCUAGUUAAUGCUUUACCCUAGCAUAUGAAUUGUAAUUGCUUCGAUCAUUGAUUUUUCAUGGAAUAUUUUUGUGUUGUCGCUACCUUAGCAUUAGGAAAGGAUUGCAUAACCCCUCACAAGGGCUGCUUUUGUAAAUCACUCUAAACUUGUCUAAAACUUGCUGAAAAAGAAGUCCUGAUGAAAGAGAAAUUGUACUUUUUUGUGUCAACUGUGUCUUCUUGUACAGUGUAAAAAGUUUUAUUGUAUAAUUGUACUUUUUUGUGAAAGAGAAGUAGUUCUGAAAUGCAUUUUUGAUAUGAGAUGUUCCUUGGCAAGGUCUUGAAAAUUAUUUGUACAUUUGCAAGUUUGUAAAUUUUACCUAGAGUAAGAGAUGCUAUGCUUUAUUUUGUCGCCGCCGCCUUGUAUUUCAAUGUGAUUUAUGUUUGUCUAAGAUGUAAGUUAGAUACUUUUGCCCUGGUGUCUCGAUGUUGUGAAUGUAAUUGUGGAUGUACUAGUAACAAUAUGAAGAGAUGCAAUCUUGUAUCCUGAUUGAAUUUGUAACAACAAAGAUUACAUAAAUAUAUGUAUUCAUUUUUAAAAAAAAACCCUGUAAGUAACCACCUUGAUCAUCGUCUGAAUAGUGAAAUUAUGCUGAGGUUAAGAAGAUGCGUAUUGUGUCAAUGUUUGAAGAGGCUGUGGAACUUUUUUAUUACUAUUAUUGUGCUUUUUUGUACUUGAAUUCUUUUUAUAUAAGAUAUCACUGAAAUCUCUAAUGGAUAAAGCCAACCAUAGUUUUUUUCAAAGAAGAACAGAAAAUCCAACAGUGAAAAUAUGACCUUGACUAGCCUAUCUGAACGUCAGUAUAAUUAUAAAGAAAUGUAUAGAUUCAUCAAUGAUUAUAGUAUGGCUUUUCUUGAAAUGAUACAAGAGUCAUAUUUCACAAAUCUUGGAGCAGAAUGAGAAGUUUAUCUUUGUAUCAGCUAUUAACCUGAGGACUGAACCCCUUUUAAAAUAGAAAAAAGAUUAGUUACAUGGCAACAAUGGGGGCGCCAAACAAUUCUUACCGGUAUACAUGUAGCUGGGCAUGUCCAAGAUAUUUGGCCAUGUGGUGCCCAAACAAAAUAUUGUGGAUUUAUGAACAUAAUUUCACAUCAAAUCUGUCUUUUUACAUCGUGUCAUGUCUGACCUUAGAUCCAGUUGAGCUAUUAAUUAACGUAAAGGCGAAAAGGUUUGGAACUGAGCAUCUUAUUACUAACUCCAAGAUGAUACUUCAGAUAUCCAGAUCUAAGAAAUCUAAGAAUACAUGGACAGUGAAAAAAUUGAAAUAAUUCCAACCUUGCUAGGAAUCUUACAUAUUAUCGCCUGAUUGGUUCUUUUUAUUUAUUCUGCCUUAAGAACAUUUUCAUGAAUUCUUAAAUUAUUUUAAGAUAAUCAUGGUUGAAAAAAGUAGAGAUAACGUAGGGUUUACAGUUUUUAUUUUUAACAUUGGUAUUGGUGCUAUUUGACACACUUUUUAUGUACAUGUAUAUGGAUUUUACAUUUGAAAAUGCAAUCAACGGAGACAGCCAUUGCCAGGUCCUGUGCAUUCUGUAUGCACUGCCUAUAGUUAUUUUUCUAGGAUUUAAGUACUGUUGAUGAAAUGUUUAUUAUUCAUUUCUUAUGGAAAUCAUUGAUUUUUUAAAUCUUUUUAUGCUCAUAUCUGUCUUUACCAUAAUCAUUUUUACCCCUAAUUUGACAAUGUGAUAAUUGUAAAUAACUUUCCCUUGUAGCUAAAAAAAAAAUUCAGAUAGUACUCUAAAUUAACAUUUAAAAGCAAAACUUCUAUCAGUGUGCCAGAUUCUUGAAAUAUUUGAAUCACACUACUUAACUUUGCAAAUUAAGAGGCCGGGUAAUAAUAUCCAAUGUUCUUUGGAAGAUAUGCUAUAUCAUAAUGUGAUGUGCGCUAUCCAAGAACAUCUUUAUGCCUUGCAGCAAUCAUGAUUGUCAAUAGAAUUUUGCAAAAAUUACAUUUCAUGAAAGUUUCAAGUUUGAAGUAAUGUACUUUUGUUUAAAUUGUAAAAUUGUAAUUAUAUUAAAUAGAUAUAUUUUAAAACAAUACUAGCCCUUUGAAAUUGAACAAUGUUUAAAAUCAGAAUAACACUGGUUUUAUGCGAUAAAACCUUGACUUGCCAAAGAUAAUUUUGGAAUCUGUAAAAAUGGUUCAGAUUGAUUUAACUCUUGUUUUAUAAAAUGAUUAUGCUCAAGCCUGCCUUUUAUUGUUGAUGUAUUACAAGUCAAAACGUUAAUGUUUGGAUGUUACUCUCAAAGGCAAUGCAUUGUUAAUUUGUUCCUUCGAUUUCUAUCUUUAGAGGUCAAGAGGUCAUGAGUAAUUGGACCUAUUUUAAGACCUCUUUCACUGUUAGGAUUAGUGUAAAAAUAAUCAAACGUCAAGAAUCCAGUUACGCUUCAUUGAAACCAUGAUCAAAUCAUGUUGUCCAAUUCAUUCCCGCUGUUAUCAAUAUGAAAAUAUUUUGUCAAGUACUAUGAUGUUGUAUAUAUAUAUCACCAAGUGAUUUCGUUCUUGAAAAGUUUUGUUUCUUUUGUGAUGUAACUUUUGUGUUUGUUCCAAGCACACGUUGUAAAUGAUGAAAUUUAGAUUUGUUUAAUUUCACAAGUGGAUCACGAGUUUUCUUCAAAGGAAUUCUGUUCAUGAUCUGUUUUGUUAAUCUUUAUUCCUCUUUGUGUUGGUUUCAAACCAAUUAGUGACUCACCACGCACAAA